CGGCUAUGACCUACACCACCGAUUUCGACAUAAUUUUGGGAUCUGUGUGUACAUUAAAAAUGACCUUUCAUGUCAUCGAGAGGAGAAGCUAGAACCAGCGAACCUUGAUAUCAUAUGGCUAAAAUUCACCUCAAAGUCAUCGACCAAGUUUAUCUGCUGCCUCUACCGACCGCCAUGUAACACCGAGUACCAAAACUUUUUCGCGAUAUUAUCCGAAAGCUGUGAUAGUAUACAGUCAAACUAUCCACAGGCGGAAAUUGUCUUUUUAGGCGAUUUUAAAAAGAUGAAGUGUUUGAUAAAUAAAUCAAACAAUAAGCAAAUGUGUUUUGUCAAGUGAUUAAUCAACGAUGACAAUGUCAAAUUAUGACAAUAAACAAACAAAAAUUAAUGAAGUUUUCCAAAGAUGCACAAAUUCUCUUCGAUCCGAAAAGGAAACCAUUUAUGGUUCCUAUUUACCCUGAGUUUCAUAGAAUUCGUCAGAGGUAAAUUACCAUUUUUCGACAAUCCCGAAGACAAAAUAGCCAAAUAUUGGGAAAACCCAUCAAAAAGCGACAUUUUAGAAAAAGCCGAUAAACUAUUCGAAGAAGACAAACACAUGGAAGUCUACGAAAGCUUAAAUAGAAUCAAAUAUAGUAAAGACAUCGAAGUAGUCUGGAGAUUGGCCAAAGCCCUGUACAAUUUAUCACUAACUCCGGAUAUUACAGCCGAAGUGCGAAAAGAAAUGAUUACAGAAGCACAAGAAAUAUUGGAAAGCACUUACGCAAUGGGCAAAAAUAAAUCUUGCUUUUACAAAUGGAUGGCGAUCAUUACAAACACCAGAAACGGAUUAGAGAAUUUGGAAACCAAAAUUAAAGGUUACGCUACUGUGAAAAAUUAUUUGAGCGAGGCUUGCGAAAGGAAUCCUAGAGAUUUUACUGUUCAAUACAUGUUAGGAAGGUGGCACUUUGAAAUGGCGAAUUUGUCGUGGUUUCAAAGAAAAAUCGCGAAAUAUCUGUACUUGGAACCGCCAAAGUCGACUUUCCAGGAAGCCUAUAGGCACCACAUCAAAGCCGAAGAACUUGAACCGAGAAGUUAUUUGCCCAACUUGUACAUUUUGGGUUGUAUUUGUAUGAAAUUGGGCCAAUAUUACCGGGCAAAAUACUAUUUGAACUUGGCAUUGAGCCUUCCGGCUCACAAUGAGUGCGAAAAGUGCUGUAUUCCGGGCGUGAAGAGUCUCCUAACGAAAUUGGAAAAGUACGAUUUGGGCAAGGAUGUUUUGUACAAUUACGAAUUCGGAUUCGAAAAUUAAUAUUGAAAUAAAAUAUUUUUCUUAUGGCAAUAGAAUUGAUAGGCACCUCUACUAAAUCAAUAAAGACUUCUAAAAAUAAGAUUUAGAUCUAAUUACGACAUUAUCACUAUCG